AUGUCGCCAGAAGAGCAUCCUACCAUAGCCGACUUCUUCAAAGACAUGGAAGUCGGCCUACCCACACUCGAACGACCUUUUGGUAUAAAACUAUGGCCUGUCUUCAGCAAACUAUACUCCGGCCUGUUUGGAUAUGCGCCGGAGAACUUUAAGUUCAGACAGGGUGAGACGCACAUGUCCACCCUACAGGAGACUCUCGUUGCACUGGCUGCAUACUACAUAAUAAUAUUUGGUGGAAGAGAAAUAAUGCGAAAUCGCAAGCCGUUCGUAUUGAAUGGGCCUUUCAUCGUUCACAACUUCUACUUGACCGUCAUAAGCGGUGCUUUGUUAGCCCUCUUCAUUGAGCAACUUCUGCCUACUUUGGUCAAUCACGGUGUUUUCUACGGCGUCUGCAAUUACCAGGGUGGUUGGACGAAACCCCUGGUGACACUUUACUAUAUGAACUACUUGACCAAAUACCUCGAAUUGAUCGAUACCGUCUUCCUCGUCCUCAAAAAGAAGCCUCUGACCUUCCUCCAUACCUAUCACCAUGGCGCAACCGCUCUUCUCUGCUAUACACAACUCAUCGGUCACACUGCAGUCUCGUGGGUGCCCAUAACAUUGAACCUGUGCGUUCACGUUGUCAUGUAUUGGUACUACUUCCAAGCUGCCCGCGGUAUUCGUAUCUGGUGGAAGAAGUACAUUACAAUCAUGCAAAUUACACAAUUUAUAGUCGACCUCGGCUUCGUUUACUUCGCCUCUUAUACCUAUUUCACAUCCACCUACUUUCCGUGGAUGCCGAAUGCAGGCCGUUGUGCGGGAGAAGAAUUUGCAGCAAUUGCUGGUGUCGUUAUUCUCAGCUCUUACCUGUUGUUGUUCAUCAGCUUCUACUUCGCGACAUACAAGAAAGAGACCAAAUCAGGACGACCGAGACGCAACACUGGAAAGGAUGCCCUCAUUGCAAUGGCUAGGGAGCCUUUGCCUCGACCUAGGGGGCUGAGCAGUGCUGGAGAUGAAAACAGCAAUGGAGCUGUAAGUACAGCAAGAGAAGGGUCAAAGACUAGGAGCAGGAAAGCAUAA